AUGCUUUUCAGGCUACACAUCCUCGCAGUGUUACUAACACUGCUCACGUUGACGGCCAAUGCCGGCAGCGCGACGGUUCCUGUACAAAUGGACGCAUCCUCACCCUACAUUCUGUCUAGGCUUGCAGAGCGCCUGGAAAAUGCCGCAAGGGACAACAAAGAAUAUAGUAACAGCACUUCUAUUGACAAGAGCUUCAGAAAUGCGACGGUAUUCAAAUUCAAAGGGGACACAGAAACCCCGGGGAACGCUACUGCGGAAGCGAGCAUUGAAGUCAUCUGCAAGUUCUGCUACUUCAAAGGCAUUGCCGGUGCUAAGAUUACCGUAAAAGACGACUUCAACGCCAGCCAGGCAUAUAAUACUCUGGAGAACAGUGUUUCAGGAACUAUGAAGAACCUAACCAAAUGGGUCAAAGACAUAGAUCUCGACAUCUCGGAAGCAUCCCUUGUCAUUCCACCACCGCCGAAUAUUAAUUUUGAAGUGGAGAUACCCGAUUUCCCCGAUUGCAUUCUGGAGUUCACACUCGACGAUGCCGAACUUUAUGUUGAGCUAAGCACUACGUUUGGGGCUGGAUUAACAUACACUCUUCUACUCUUCACCAAACCAUUAGGGGUUGAGCUUGGUACUGAUUUAUUCCUUGGCCUCAUCUUUUCGGUCGAUUUAAUUCUCAGCCUUGAAAGCCAAAUUACAAUUGAGCAUGGCUUUCACAUUAAGCUCGACGAAGGAAUUCUUCUGAGGAUGGCUAUGUUCUCCAAGGAGGCCUCAGCCGUGAAAUUGGAUGGCGCCAAGUUCGAAUCCCUCCCCGUGCAGAUCGAGACGUCAGGCACCGUCAUUCAUGCAAUUCUUAGAUUAUCGGUCCGUGCAGGUUUUGCCUUUGAGGCAGAUCUACUCCCCGGGCCAGAGAUCGAGCUCGGGCCCUUCAAUACUGAGGAUUGGAAGGCAUCUGCCGGGCUAGAGACUACGCUGUAUGUCAACGUUGCUGAUCUGAAGAGCAACAUCACAGCGUUUGGCGAAGAAGAUUGCCCACUUCAGAUCGAAGAAUCCUUUCAAUUCGCCAUUGGGGCAGCAGCUGGCGCUUAUGUCGGCAUCGGACAGCAAACCUGGGGACCAAGGCCCCAGACAGAGAUUCCGAUACUCCCAACCACGUUUGCCAAGACCUGUAUAAGUCAAGAACCUCAAGCAACUGCCAAAGCUCAGUUCCAGAGAGCCGAAUCCAAGAGUGGAAUAGAAACGGUCACUCUAAGUCGGAAAAAAUCAUAUACAGCCAAAGGCUGCAUCGAAUCUGGCGUCAUUAACUGUCCAGCUUCGGCUCAGACAGUAAAAGAAUACCAAUCAAUGGAAACAUUGGUCACGACCGCGCUAGCGGGAGCCUCUGUUACCUGGCCCGAGACGAUUGUCACAAGUGUAGCAAGUACCAGGGGCUUUGGUGAUAAUGCCAAAGACAUCAACACCUCCGCCUCUAGCUCACUUGCACCAACUGCUACCGGGGGCCAACAACAAAAUGACGACAGUGGUUUCUUCGAAAAGAGUUCGGGUGGAGUAAGCAACAAGCUCAUCAUUGGCUUGAGUGUCGGUUUAGGAGUUCCUGUUUUGAUGGCUAUCAUUGGGGGUAUCAUAAUAUACAUAAGAAAGCGCAGGAGUUUUGCUUACAGCCCGCAGCCGCAAGUGGCAUCAGAGGAUAUACAAGUGGAAAUCAAGGGGUAA